CGGGAACUUCUAGAAUCAUAACUGUGACGCCGCGGCGAAGCCUAAUUGAAAAUUUGGCAAAUAAGGUGUUAGCAUUGCCGUGACGUCACUGCAUGGCAUGUAUCUCCUCAAGGCCAGCCAAUGAGGGGUUAGUGUUGCCGUGACGUCACUGCAUGUGCUCUCUACUCCCCUGCACGGGCAGCCAAUCGCUGGUGAUUGUGACGUCACUCCUGUACCCACUAAUCUCGCGGGUCGUCUGUUAUUGGACGAGCGAGUCUGUGACGUCACCCAGCAUGUACUGACAUCAUCAAAAUGUCCGCAGCUGGCAACAUGGCCGCCACGAGGACAUCACUGCUGCUCCUCCAUUGUUUACUGGCACUGCUCAACAGUGUGACGGGGGACCUGCUCCAGAGGGUGGAGGUGCCGAGCUUCGCCUUCGCGGGCGGCCGAGUGAACGUGAGCUGCAUGUUUGACCUACGGGCCACGGGCCUCUACUCCCUCAAGUGGUACCACAACGACACCGAGUUCUACCGCUACGUGCCCACCGAGACCCACAGACAGGUGGACAUCAAGCCCACUAUGAAGUUCCAGGCGCAUGUGAGUACCGCUACACCUGUCUCAGUAUACUUGUGGCGGGGGAGUUGGGGGCUCGAGUUUGGUCUCUUAAACUCAUUCAAGGCAUUCAGCAUUGAUGCUGAAGGUGUUAGCAGACGGCUGAUCUUCAACUGUCAGGAAGAGUGUUCGAUAUCAUCGAGAACUGUAACUGGAACUACCUCUAGGAAUAUCUCUAGGAUAGGAAACAGAGGGUCACGAUGA